AUGGGGGUCCGCUGCUCCAAGCUCUCCGUCUGCUGGUGGCCGCCGCACUUCAAGUCGCCCCGCCUCGCUGAUCCCACGCGCGCGCGCGCGCUAUUUCCUUGCCGUGCAGAGAACGGCGCGGCGGGGGAGGACGGCAGCGGCGUGCCGGUGUUCGCGGAGUACAGCCUCGACGAGCUGCGGGCCGCCACGGACGGCUUCGCGCCCGACCGCAUCGUCUCGGAGCACGGCGAGAAGGCGCCCAACGUCGUCUACCGCGGCACGCUCUUCAGCUCCGGCCGCACCGUCGCCAUCAAGCGCUUCGGACGCUCCGCCUGGCCCGACUCGCGACAGUUCGUGGAGGAGGCGAGGGCCGUUGGGCUGCUGCGGAGUGGCCGCCUCUCCAACCUCAUCGGCUGCUGCUGCGAGGGCGGCGAGCGCCUGCUCGUCGCCGAGUUCAUGCCCCACGAUACCUUGGCCAAGCACCUAUUCCACUGGGAGGCAAAGCCAUUGAGCUGGGCUAUGAGGGUACGUGCUGCACUCUAUGUGGCACAGGCAUUGGAGUAUUGCUCCAACAAAGGGAGGGCUAUCUACCAUGACCUGCAUGCAUACAGGGUCCUCUUUGAUGUGGACGGUAACCCUAGGCUGUCAUGUUUCGGUCUGAUGAAGAAUAGCAGGGAUGGGAAGAGCUACAGUACCAAUCUAGCUUUCACCCCUCCUGAGUACCUUAAGACUGGCAGAGUAAUUCCAGAGAGUGUGGUCUACAGCUUUGGUACUAUUGUACUUGAUCUCCUAAGUGGGAAGCACAUUCCACCAAGCCAUGCUCUUGACCUUAUCAAAGGAAGGAAUAUCUCGGUGUUGAUGGACUCUUGCUUGGAAGGCCACGUAUCCAGCUCUGAUGGAACUGAAAUGGUGCGAUUGGCAUCGAGGUGUUUGGCAUAUGAAGCCCGUGACCGGCCAAACCUGAAAGCAGUGGUGUCUACUCUUGCAAGCCUACAAAAAGAUGCUUCUGCUCUUUCACGGACUUUACUGGGCAUCCCUCAGGAUACUGAGAAGGAGGAAAGCUCAGAGCAAAUAUCAUUUUCAUCUACUGGGAAAGCUUAUGCCACAGCAAACCUUGAGGGGGUACAUGAGAUGUUGGUGAUUGAUGGAUAUAGCGAGGAUGACAGAGCAACCUUUAAGGUAUCCUUAAGCUCAUGGCCUGGCCAACCAGCUGAGAGUAUUCAGGUCAAGAAGCAUGGAGAUGAUGCUUUUCAUUCCAAAGAUUUUAUGGAAGUGGUCGAGUGUUAUUCAAGGUUUGUUGAUACCGGUGCCAUGGAGUCCCCAACUAUGCUAGUGCGACGAGGUUUCGCGAACAUUGUACUCGGCAGGCUGGAAGAUGGUCUCGAAGACGCGAGGAAAGCAGAGGGAAUAUCACCCGAAUGGCCAACCGCACACUACCUGCAAGGGAUGGCGCUCAUCUGCCUAGGCAUGGAGUCUGACGGUCAUGAGAAGCUAAAUAUCGCUGGUGCUUUGGAAGCUCAGAGAAAGGGUAGAACUAGGACUGUAUAGAGCCCGCUCGCCCUCGGUGCGACAAUGCCUUCGCUUCUGUACCUAGAUCGCCUGCAUGAUGCUUUUGCAACCAGUGGCAGUAGGGCUGUUUUUUUGGUCUCUCCCCUAACCUGAACCGGUGUUUCCAGUGGUUUUACAAGACUCCUAGGCUGUGGCUGUUAUUACACCUCCAAUAUAUCCAUAUAAGUACAAAAUUGGGCGAAAUAGCGUUCCGUGGAUUUGAGAUUGUAAAGCGACAUUAUUUAGUCUUAUCUCUCUCUCCAAAUUCAUGUAUAUACAGAACUCCAAAGAGAAUUAUCUGGAUCCGAACUUGAACUGGUAUGAUUGAUCAAGUGUCUCCUA